AUGGCAAAUAAAACCGAAAUUGAAUACUUUUAUAAUGAGGAAGAUUUGAAGGAUCCAGAAACACCACAACUAAUAAAUUUAACAAUUGAAGAUUUCAAUGCGAAAGGUCAAGUUGCGAACCCACGUGCUCCUUGCGUGGUAACAAUAAUUGAUCCGGAAUAUAUAAAGAACGCAUCAUUGCAGCGAAGGACAAGAAAAUUUCGUAUGAAAACUGAUAUAUUGACAUUACGAGAAAUAACACGGAAGAAAUUCAUGUUUUAUGCAACGCAACAAAGGUAUUUGGAAAAACAAAGUGAAUCCGCAUAUCAGCAGCAUAUCUAUGAACGCAUAACAGAAUAUCAAGAGUUUGCGGCCGAUGUUCUUCAAAAGUCUGAAUCAAGAGCAUUUAAUGAAAUGAAAAAAAUUCAACGGCAAUUGGAAAAUUUGCAAACCAACAAAAUUUCGGAGGAGCUAAAAAACCAUAUUGCUGAACAUCAACGAGUUCUAAUGGAGGUUCAGGAAGUGUACGGCCGCUUUUUAUUUCUACUUAAACUAAUUGGAUACUUUGAUGAAAUUAUUGCACCAGAAGAUAUAGCAGAUGAUGUUAAAGACUCUAAACAAUGUAAACUACCGCAGCCAACCGGAAUUGUAGAUUUGCAAAUUAAUGAACGAAAUCCCAUUGGUGAAAAAGAAGUAUCAUCAAUUAUUAAUUAUAUGAAUCAAAUUGUAAGACCAUAUUUGGCAAAAAGAAAUCAUCUCAACGCUGAUAUUUGGAUUAAGGGCUAUGAACGUACUAGACAAAAAAUAUUUAACUACAAUAGGCGUUUUAACCAUCUCGCUUUGUUAAAUCACUUAGUGGCUAUUGUACAUGAUAAAUCGGAAAAAACAUUCUCUCAAAACACAAAAAAGCCAAAGUAUCUUAAAGAUCCCGAUUUCUUGAGGAAAAGGAUAGAAUUUCUAAAGCAGCGUUCUUUGGAAGUAUUGGAUAAUUUUGAAAGGAAUCAAAAGAAAGAUUCUCUUCAAAUUAAAUUAAAUGCAAUACUGCCAGUUAUUCUUGAAAAAGUUGAAGUUAAAUUGGCACAAAACAGUGGCAAUGAUACAAAACAUCUUCCAAUAUUAAAGACAAGAAGAAGGAAGAUCUCUCCAAUGAAGACAUCUAAUAAAAAAUAUUCUUUAGAUUCUAGUGACUUCUCUAAAAAUACUGAUAAUACUACUUUAGAAAAAGUGGAAAAACUUCAGUGGCAUUUGAUGGGUCUACUGCAGGAUCUGGAAAAAAUUCCACCAGAGGAUUGUACACGAAUUGAAAAUCAAGUGAGAAGACGUAUAAAAGCUCAAAAGGAAAUGUCCAGGCGAGUGUUAGUGAAACAAAAUAGACUUCAUAAUUGGAUGGAACAUUUCAAAAAGCAUGCGCUCAUACAGAAACACUAAGAAGUGUAUAUAAAAAGUACCUUAUAAAUAAUUUGAUUUACUUACCUAACAUCAGUGCCUGCUAUUGCUAAAUA